AUGGCGCGUGUCAUAGUUCUCUCCCUCGUGCACGAGAUCAAAGAGCUCUGGUGACUUGCGUCUUGCUUUUUGCUGUUGUAGUUGAAUUGUCUCGUUCCAGCGAGGGGUUGUGCUAGACAGACCCAUCAAGGACUACUGCAUCUCAGCAGCAGGCGCUGUCCGCAGAGGUUCAGGAGCAGACGUCCAUUAACCAGUCUCAAUCAAACAUCCCAACAUUAGAGAAGAAUGGACAAACAGAAAAUUAUGAUGGAAUUCUGUCUGCUCUUUGCAGCCAUCUGUAGCUCCGUGUCCAGUGAUGAAUGGAAGGCCAAUGUUGUAAAAAGCAUUGACGCUCUGGUUACAUCCUGUGUUGUGGUACCAUGUUCAUUCUCCUAUACUGGAGGAAACCUGCCCACGUCCAGACUCAGAGGAAUCUGGCAUGAAAAAGAUGGCACAAAAAAAAUCAUCUAUCAUGAGGAUCCUACACAGAUUAAGGACAACUUUAAGGACCGAACAAAGGUGGUGGGAGAGCUGGGCCAGAACAACUGCACCUUAGAAAUAACUGAAGUUAAAGAUCAUGACAAUGGCCCUUUCUGUUUCCGGGUUGAACUAGUGCGAAGAGAAAACAAUGACCCCACCAAGGACAUGUUCUCCUUUGUUGAAGACUGCGUUGAGUUGAAAAUGCUCACUCAGCCUCCAAAGCCUGCAGUGAUUAAUCUAAAGACAGCCACUCAAGGAGAGCCCUACACUGUCACCUGUUCAGUCAUCCACACCUGCCCCAGUAAUGUUCCUAAACUCACAUGGAAUCUGGAUAGUACAAAGGUCAUUGUGCAUCAUAAAGAUAUUAAACACGGAAACUGGGAGACACAGUCCAUCCUGACAUUUAUUCCUGAGGAGAAGGAUGACAACAGCGAGAUAACCUGCACUGCUGAAUUUAAUGGAGGCCUGAAAUCAUCUGAAAAUUUCACACUCCGUGUAAAACGUGUAGAGAACUAUAAUCACAUCAUCAUUCCCUCUGUGGUGGGGAUUGGUACCACUGUGGCCUUCGUACUCGUCUGCAUUUUCAUGACUAAAAAAUAUAAGAAACGUAUUGAAGAGCUUCAAAGUCGAGAUGGCAGCAUGUGGAAUCGGCUGUCAAGGAUGUCUCACAGGAUUCGCUCCGGAGCAGGACCAUCUCGUUCGGAUCAAAGAAGGUCUAUUUGGAGCAGAUUUUCGAGAAGGCCUAAAGGUGACAUGAUAGAUUUUGGUCAUAGUCCAAACAAUGUGAAUUCGAAAUCCUGUGAUAACCAGAAAGUCACAAAACCUCGUUUCCCAUCUCCCAAAAGCCAGCCCAAAUCUUACAAUUACAAACAGGACCCUGAUGAAGGUGAUGACAACAUUAAUACCGCAGACCUCAACAUCUAUGGAAACAACUGAAAAACAA